CAUUCAUUGUGCUACGGUCUAUCCACCCCCCUGCUGCUGCUGGGCUUGCGAUUGCCGCUUGCUCCAGCUGAGCUAAGAGUAACAGCAGCACCAGGGCAGGGACUGACUCCAGCCCUUGGACUUAGGACAUCGCAACACGUUCACUUGCCUGCGUGACUCAUUCGCACAUCAUUUCUGUUUAUGCCUGGGGUGGGGAGAAAUAUCCCAAACCAGGAUUGUUUGGAAGUGGAGCCGACAGAUUUGUGCUCGUAACCUAAAUUCCCUGUGUAUCUUGUGUCACUUCUGCAUCUGGGACAUUACCUGGCACAAAGUUACUCAAGAAAUGUAUGUGGUUCUGAACUGGUGCCUCAGCUAAGUCGUCCUCCCAAUUCAGAGGACACCGUCACGGCUGUGUAAAUGAGUAUGGAAGAUUAUGAUUUCCUGUUUAAAAUUGUUUUAAUUGGCAAUGCUGGCGUGGGGAAGACGUGCCUAGUCCGACGAUUCACUCAGGGUCUUUUCCCCCCAGGACAAGGAGCCACGAUUGGAGUUGAUUUUAUGAUUAAGACGGUGGAGAUUAAUGGUGAAAAAGUCAAGCUUCAGAUCUGGGACACAGCAGGUCAAGAAAGAUUUCGAUCCAUUACCCAGAGUUACUACCGAAGCGCCAAUGCCUUGAUCCUCACCUAUGACAUAACCUGUGAGGAAUCCUUCCGUUGCCUUCCUGAGUGGCUGCGGGAGAUAGAACAAUAUGCCAGCAACAAGGUCAUCACUGUGCUAGUGGGCAACAAGAUUGAUCUGGCUGAAAGGAGAGAGGUCUCCCAGCAGAGAGCUGAAGAAUUCUCAGAAGCUCAGGACAUGUAUUACUUGGAGACCUCAGCCAAGGAAUCUGAUAACGUGGAGAAACUCUUCCUUGACUUAGCGUGCCGCCUCAUCAGUGAAGCCAGGCAGAAUACACUUGUAAACAAUGUAUCCUCGCCCUUACCGGGAGAAGGGAAAAGCAUCAGCUAUUUGACUUGUUGUAAUUUCAACUAAAGGCUGAGGCAAGGAGAAGCAAGAGGAAUCAGCAGCUGCCCCGAUGGGCCCCAAAUUGCUGGGGGAGAUCUGGUGAUGACUGUGGCUCCUGCUCUCAGACCUUCUGACUCCCGUGGGAUCCAGAGCUUACAGAGCAUGGCAGGCCGAAGGCUUUGUCCACAGGCCAGCAUUAGCAGAACAUAUAAUGGUUUCACCCUUUUGCAGUCAGGAGUUGGAGCAAGGAGAAAAUUGCACUAGGCGCUCCGUGAUCUGCAGAGCAUGUUGCUUUUGUUCUUAAAAAAAAAAAAAAAAAAAAAAAAAAAAAGGCAAGUAAAAGCGCAUUCCUGAACACAGCCCUGGGGGAAAUGUACUGUAGGGAGAUCCCUCCUGCACGUCAGUAGGUGCAUGUAGGGGCUGUGCUUUAGGGCUUCUGGGGGCCCUGGUUUUCUUGUCUACCAGAUGAACCAAAACUGGGAAGGCCAAGUACUGCCUCUGUGGUGUGUGUUGAUGACUCCAUGGAGACUUUGAAAAGUGUUACUUCUCUUGUCCACAGGCACUUUCAAGAACUUUGGGAUGUAAAAAUGAAAUGAAACCUUUUCCCAUGACCAACAGUUAACAAUCAUUGGUUUAAUAUUAUAUAUAAGCUCCAUGACUCCUUUUGGUGCUAAUGAAUCCGCUCUUUCACAGACCAAACAAUUUAGUACAUCGAUGUCCUUAAAUGUAUUACAUUGAAAUAAAAAAAAAAAAGGGAAGUCCAUGAAUCAGCACUCUUUCUCAAAGUCUCAUUACUACCUUCUCUAGGGUGGAUUUGUUGGAAAAUAAAAUAUUUUCAUGUUCUUUCCCCUCUAAAUCUCUACCAUUUUCUUCUUCUAUUCUCUCAUCUUUCCAGCCCUUUAAGUAAAUGAAAACAUUAGAAAAUUGAGAAAAAAAAAAUGGCUGGUGAUAUUCUAAUGUAAAAGACUAGCUCUAAGACAUGAGUAAUACAAGAAAACAGACCUGAUCUGACCAAAAUACUGUGGAUUAAUGGACUGCGAUGCAGAGUUCUAAGCAGAGCACAGUCCUUGAUAAGCAGGUGACAUCUUUUACUUCCUGGUACUAUCCAUCUUGGACAGACCAAGGCUUAGAAUUUUGUACAUGUUUUUAGUAUGUUAAGUGACAAUAGCAACAGAGGAAAAGUCUCAUGAACCAUUUUUGUAUCUUCAGUAACCUUAUUAAAAUUCUGCUUGUGGAAGCAGGCGGAGCUGUCAUUAGUUGCCUCCUUCAUGUUGUAAAGUUACUCUCAGACUCAUGACCAUACAUUCUUUCCUAUUUUCCUUUUCCUUUCUCUCCUGGUAUCCCCAUUCUUUCUUUUUUUUAACUCCUUCCCUUUACAUGCCUGUGUUACUGCACAUCUCCAAUUCAAACGGAGGUGUAUAUGCCUUUAAUUAGCCAGUUUUAAAACAUGACUCAAGAUGGAAGAUGUGCUGCUGGAUAUUUGUUACUAAUUUCUUUAGUGCCAUACUUUGAUGCCUUCCAGUUUGUUCACUGAUAUAAAUGCAAAUUGGGGAAAUAAUUAAACCUGUAUGCUGUUGAUGCUGUCAGAUGUUUUUGUAGCUUGCCACUUGGCAUUGCUGAGGGAUGAAUAAUGGAAUAAGGGCAGGAUAUGCAAUUUCUGUUGUUGUAGAUGGUGGCAAUCUCGGUCCUGAUAUGUUGAUGUUUGAAAGCUGUUUAAUUUGAAAGAAAUGAGGUGCACAGAGACACGAUAUUGAUAAAGCAUUUCCAGUGUUCCUCUAGCGGAUUUCAAACUGACUCAUCUCUCGUAUACAGAUUAUACAUAUUGUAUAAGGGAUUGAUACUUUUGGUUGGCUUCACUGUGUUUGUUCUGAUCCUCUCCUAUGGGUGAGAGAAAGAGAUCCCAGAAGUUUGAAUUGCUUUCACACUGAAUCUGUUUCUCCAGGAAAGAAAAGUCAUUUUAAUAAAUACCAACGAAAAUAGUUUC